AUGCGUCUCAUCUUGCUUCUAAGCCUGUGGGCUGGGGUCAUCAGGGCCGAUGGCCAAUACAAGUCUCGGCCUGAUUUAUCACCCCCACGUCUCAACAUUACAACCCCGGCCACACAGGACGUUGAUGAUGGCUACAUCUUCAUCUGCCCAUACAGUGGUUUCAAGAAGGGCAACGGUCUUGAUGGUCCUGAGCAACCUGCUGGUUACAUCUUUCGCAACAAUGGCGACCUGGUGUGGUCCAGCAUGGGCUACCUCUCCGGCUGGGUUGGUAACAUGCAGGUCUCUGUGUGGAAAGGCGAACCGGUCAUUUCUGCCUUUCAAGGGACACUGGAUGCCGUUCAUGGUCACGGCUUUGGUCACCCCACAAUAUUGAAUCAGAAUUACGAACACGUUCGUGAUCUACAUGGUGGUAAUCACAAAAUCAUCUCGAUUCACGAAUUCAACAUACUUUCGUCAGGUUCUGCCCUCAUUGAGGUAUAUCAGCCAACCCAGAUGGACUUGUCCGCUUAUGGAGGCAGCGAUGCAUCACAGUGGAUCGUGGACGGUAUCUUCCAAGAACUUGACCUCGACACGGGCAAACUUUUGUUCGAAUGGAGUAGCCUGGAACAUGUUGACCCCUCUCACAGCGCAGUGAGCCUGAGCUCAGGUCACGCUGGUGAUGGCCAGAACUCAACUUCCGCAUGGGAUUACUUCCAUAUCAACAGCGUGGACAAAGGUGACGAUGGUCAUUACUUGAUAUCCGCUCGUCACGCCUCAACUCUCUAUAAGAUUCAUGGUGGAACCGGAGAAAUCAUUUGGCAACUGGGAGGCGAUAAUUCUAACUUCGCAUUUUCAAAUGAUUUACUCUUUGGAUUUCAGCACGAUGCCAGAUUUGUUUCGCAUCUUUAUGAUGCUGAAGACGGCGUGGAGUAUGUAUCUUUAUUCGAUAAUGCCGCUCGUGCAAACGGCCAUCGUGGUGGUGGAGUCGAAACUGUGCACUCCAUGUCUCGAGCCAAGGUCAUUCGCCUCGACGCGUCCACCUGGACAGCCUCUCUCGAGGUUUCGCUAUCCGCACCGGAUCACAAACUCGCACCAUCCCAAGGCAACGUCCAGACUCUGCCCAAUGGCAACUACUUUGUCAACUGGGGCCAAGGCGGAGCGGUCACGGAAUAUCGGGCGGGCGACGGAGAGGCGAUAUUUCACGCCAAUCUGGAUUCCGGCGAGAUCGGCGAGGGCGUGCAGAGCUACCGUGGGUUCCGUUUCCCGUGGGUUGGGCGGCCACACGAGGAACCUGCCAUUAUGGUUGAUGGAGGAUCGGUCUACGUAUCAUGGAAUGGUGACACCGAAACAGCCACUUGGAAGUUCUACGCCAAGUUUUGCAGCCCGCGGGCAGGUAAAAAAUCCCGCUCAGAUCGAUUCAUCGGAAAGAGCCAGCGGGUGAGCUUUGAGACGUCAUUCGAUCUGCCGCAGGACAUGCUAGUGGACUUUGGCGGAACAUGCAUAUAUGCAGUGGCUCAUGAUUUGGAUGGCAGACGUCUUGUCGCAACAAAGACAAUAGCGUCGAAUGUUCAUGGCGGGCCACAGAAGAGUAACGCCAAUAUCGUUCAAGAGGCUGUACAAAGUGUUCUGGCCUUGGGCGAGCUCAAGUAG